AUGUCCCUCGUAUGGUCUAGGGCAAGGCUAGACACUGACAUUGACACUGAAGUGUCUCCCCUCUUUCUCCCUCAUCCUCUCUCUUUUUCCCUCUCUUGUCAGUUUCUCAGUUUCUCCUGUGAGCUGUUCACUGUUGAGCUCGGAAGUAGAACAUCACACAAGAUGUGGGCUCCAUGGCAGCAAUGGCUGGUGUGGUUAGCCAUUCGUCCUGUUGUCGCCGUGUUCUGGACGUUGUCUCACAUCUUGUGUAUAUUUCACCGAAGAAAUCCGCUACCUCCAGUCUCCAGCCAGUUGUUGCUCUACAGUGCGUCCGAUCUCGCCCGGAUGGUCAGGAGUAGAAAGGUCCAUUGCCAAGAUAUAAUACAAGCAUAUGUAACCAGAAUAAAGGAGGUGAACCCCAUCAUCAAUGCAGUGGUGCAGUCUAGGUUUGACCAGGCAUUGGAGGAGGCUAAGAAGAUUGACGCCAUGUUGGCAGAGACGUUAUGUACUGAGGAAGAAUUAGCCAGGGACAAGCCAUUGCUGGGAGUACCUAUAACAAUCAAGGAGAGUAUACCAGUCAAAGGUAUGAGCAACAACGCUGGUGUACCCAACAGGUCCAGAGUUGCUAAAGAAGACUCUGAUGCGGUGGCUAGACUGAGGACUAGAGGAGCCGUAGUUCUCGUUGUGUCCAACACGCCAGAGUUGUGUCUGAGCUGGGAGACAUACAACCCUGUUACGGGGAGGACCAACAACCCUUACAACACUGCGAGAACAUCCGGGGGCUCCUCAGGUGGAGAGGGAGCCCUGCUGGGUUCAGCUGCCUCAGUUAUUGGUUUGGGUUCUGACAUCGGAGGUUCAGGUCGGGUUCCAGCCAGUUUCUGUGGAGUGUUCGGCCACAAACCUUCCUCAGGUUACAUAAAUGCCAAGGACCACAUGCCUACAUCUGAGGACCCCCUGUGGCCCAAAGUGUUUGUGUUUGCUCCGAUGGCGAGAUACUCCGAGGAUUUGCCACUGUUGUACUCUUCCUGUGUAGAAGAUGAGAACAGACUGAAGGAACUGAGGCUGGACGAACCUGUAGAUUUGAGGAAGGUGAAGUUUUAUUACAUGGACAGCGACGGUUCUAAGAUAACCAGUAGUGUUUGCGGGGAUGUGAAAGCAGCUCUCAACAAAACCAUAGCCCAUGUAGAGAACUCUCUAGGAGUGAAAGUGGAAAAGAUGAACAUAGAUGAGUUCAAACACACGGCUCAACUAUCCUGCAUCAUGCUGUUAAGGAUGAAAGCAUGUCACACGAUAUUUCAAAAGUCGGAAGAUAGUAUAACUGAGUGGAAGAGUGUUUUGUGGCAGUGGAUACUUUGGUUUUUAUGUCUUUCACCUCAUACACUUCAUGCUCUUAUUUAUGGAGCCAUGAAGAAGUGGUUUGCAGACGUAUAUUCGGAACAAGAGGCUUGCCGCAUGGAUGAGUGCAAAGAUCUCAUCUUUCAGAAACUAAAUGACUGCCUUGGAGACAAUGGAGUUCUCCUGUAUCCCGCAUUCCCUGAUCCUGCUCAUCUACACAUGCAGAUCUACUUUAAACAGGUCAACGCUGCGUACUUGUCAUUCUUCAACCUAGUAGACAUGCCAGCCACAGCUUUCCCUGUCAUGCUCAACAGCAAAGGACUUCCUGUUGGACUGCAGGCUGUGGCAGGUAGGGGUCAGGAUCGUCUGACUUUGGCAGUCGCUCGUGAGAUGGAGAAGGCAUUCGGAGGAUGGGUUCCUCCUACCGGGACAGAUAUGAUGGAAGUCAAAUCAUGACCGGAGUAGAAAUGGAAUAAAAUCUUGUAAAUCAUAAAUGAUGAAGCUAAGUGUUGUGAAGAACAUAAACUUUACCAUCAUUCAAGACAACAUUUUAUUUAUUGAAGUUUAUACAACGUGAAGUGUGGCAUGAAAAAUAUUGUGAGGCGCAAUAAGUGUUAAAUUGAUCGCAAGUGAUUUGUAUUGACUAGGAUGUAAUUCUUGGAUGAUUUGCAGCAAGUUUAUGAAAUGACUGCCGUAAGCUAAUGUGGUAGUAUGUUGUAAUAUAGUAAAAUAACAAA